AACCAAUCCGGAUUCGUCUUCCACGAACGACAGACAAACAAGAUCGAGCAGUUCCCCAAAUUAGAUUUUAGUCGCCAAAUUGAAUCGGAUUUUCCACGUAAUUACGAGGUGUGUCUGCUGUUCAGACAUGGCUCUUCCCAAACGUUAUUUCCUAAACAACUUCCCAGAUUAUAAUGGAGGGAGUGUUACGCCGGAUAAGAGCGACCUGAAGGCGAAAACACUGCAGCUCACCCAGACCAUUUCAGGAAAAUGGGCGAAGAUUCACCAGAACUGCGAUGGUGGUCUUUAUGUGGGCCUUGCAGGAGCUGUUUACAUGUUACACCGCCUUUCAAAGAUCCCGGAUUUUGCCAGUGAGAGGAACUACCUUCUUAAGGAGGCUGUGGCUUACCUAAAACCUACCUUAGACUGUGCCAAUUACACCAAGUCUCAAGGAAAUAAAGUAGACAUUGCAGCCUUUCUCUUGGGUAAUGCUGGAGCCUAUGCUGUUGGAGCUGUCUUGUAUAAUGCCCUGGAUAAUGCUGAGGAAUGCAAGAAGUGCCUGUCAGAGUUUGCUCAACUUGCUCCUGUUGUUACCCCCGUGAACUGGUUAAGUUGUGGCGGAGAUGAAUUUUUGGUCGGCCGAGCUGGUUAUCUCGCAGGAGUGCUUUGGCUUCAAUCAGAGCUUCAGUGUAAUGUUUUGCAGGAAGGAGCCAUUCAUGCUAUACUGGAUGCCAUGCUAGAGUCUGGCUGCCAGUAUUCUAAAGCUCACCGGAGUCCUAUGCCUCUCAUGUACCAGUAUUACAAGACGGAAUACCUGGGUGCUGCUCACGGAUUAGCUGGGAUAUUGCAGAUCAUGCUUAGCUUUCCUUCUUGGCUGGCAAGUCGCCCGCAAGCCAAAGAACUCAUCAAAAAGUCACUGGAUGUUCUCCUGCAGCUCCAGACACCUUCAGGCAAUUUCCCAUGUGCAAUGGAUGAACUGGAUGAUAGACGACACCCAGACGAUGAGCUGGUUCACUGGUGCCAUGGAGCCCCAGGGACUGUGUAUCUCCUGGGAAAGGCAUACAUGGUCUACAGAGAGGAAAAAUAUUUGAAUGCUUGCUUGAAGUGUGGUGAAAUCACUUGGCAAAAAGGUCUUUUGAAAAAAGGGCCAGGUAUAUGUCAUGGUGUUGCUGGGAGUGGCUACGUGUUCUUGACUCUGUACCGGCUCACCAAAGAUCCAAUUCACCUCUACAGGGCUCUCCAGUUCUCUUCCUUCCUCUAUGCCAAAGAAUUUCAGCAAGCACGGAUUCCAGACGCUCCUUAUAGUCUCUUUGAGGGACUGGCGGGUACUGUGUGCUUCCUAGCAGAUCUUAUGGAUCCUGAAAAUGCUGUAUUUCCCCUUUUCAAUAUAUUUUAAUUUAUUGUUUCUUCUCAAAUAAAGACAUAACAAUUAUAAAAAAUCUUUUACUGUCAAAACUUUGUAAUGGUAGUUUUCCAGUGCUUCCCUUUUCCUCAAGUAAUGCUUUUCAGAAUUGUGGUAUUUGUUACUACUGCAAAUUCUUCAUACCUGAUUUGCUCAUAUAUGGAAGUAGUGUAAUAGUGUUUGUAAUUUUUUUGAAUCCCAACUGCUCAAUCAAACAAACCAGCAAAUAAUUAUUGUAUAAAAGUAUAUAGUGUCAAUAACAUUUUCUUCUUUAAUGUAAUGUAGUUUUUGCACAUAUUACAUGAAGCUUUUUGCACGCACCAUGUUCAUAUUAUGUAUGAAAACUUAUACAUAUAUAUAUAAAAGGUGCUUUUCAAAUGGAUAUAUGUACCGGUACCAUUGAUGGAAUUCACAAAUUUGUGUAUUAAAAAAUUGCCAAUAAAACUAAUGUGGAA